AUGGGACUCGCGGCUGGGCCCUUGUGCGUCAUGAGUAUGGACGAUUUCGGCUUCUUCUCAGAAGCCUCGAUAGCGCCCUACGCGAGCGGAUCCAAACCUCGUGCUUCCGCUGCUCAGCAUGACACGAACCAACAGCACAACAACUACUACCAACAAGACAUGCACUACCACAUGCGCUUGCCCGCUGCGAUGCAGACGCAUGACUUGCAUCGUCAACGCUACCUUCCCCUACAGCAGCAACAGCAACAGCACCCACACCGGCUAGCGCCUUCCGAAUCCGGCAGCGACAGCACCAGCGCGGUGGCGCACAGCCCAGCGACUCCCGCCAAGCGAGGCUCGAACCUGGCCUGUCUCAAGUGCCGCGCGAUCAAGGUCAAAUGCUGGAAGAGCAACCCGAACGACCCUCGCUGUUCGCGGUGCAACCGACUGGAUCUGUUCUGCGAGUUUCGCGAGCACCAUCGGGGCAAGAAGCUCGAAAAGGUGAUUGCCGACGAGAACCGCAAUGUGGUGCUUACGCCCGACAUGCUGACGCGCGCACGCCGCCAGAUGCUCCGCUGCAGCAGCUAUCCGCUCGGCCUCGAUCUGGCGGCACUGGCCGUGCCAGAGGCUUCGGAAGACGCAGCCUACCUCAUGCUACCUUCGAGCUUUUCUUCGUCCAGUCAGCAGGUCUCGCCACUGUUCGGCGCAACGGGUAUGGCAUGUGCCGGAUCGUCGAGCCCCGUGGGAAUGGCGUCGAGUGUGUACGACGACGUGGUGCAGAUGAACGCAUGCAGCUGGAGCGAUGCUUGCUACCUGUACAGUUUGUUCAUGACGCAGCUCAAUCCGAUCGCCGCGCUGCUCGAGCCCAGCGUGCACACGGUGCAGUUUACGCGCGAGCAGUCGCCGAUCCUCUUCUCGACCAUCCUCGCGCUCGCCAGCCGCUUCUUCCGCCCCGCUCUCCACCCUGCGUGCCAAGCAGCGGCGGCGGCGAUCCUCAAAUUCGCCGCCAGUCGCCAGCUGUGCAGCGUCGACCACAUGCAGGCGCUCAUCCUAACCGCGAUCUGGGCGACCCCCGGCGACACGUCGCGGUCCGAGACAAUGGCCGCCGCUGUGGCGUAUGCGUACGAGCUCGGCCUGCCGUUCUGCUUCCAGGCGGGGAUGGCGGUGACACAGGCGACCAAGCCGUACACGCCGCCGCUUUCCGUGCAUCUGCUGCACGCGAGCCACCAGACGAUGAUGGUGCGCGUGCAGCAGCGCACAUGGAUGCAGCUGUGCCUGCUCGAACUGAGCCAGCAGAGCGAGGCGCGACGUUCGCGCUCGCCGUCGAGGCGCGCGGAACUGAUUGCGCAGAGCGACGUACCCAACGUGCGCAGCUGGUACGAGCUGAACCAUGCAACCAUGUCCGCCUACGACACGCGCUUGGCGUACCAGCUCGACCUUGCGCUCUCGCAGCGACACUUUGAGCGCGCUGCGACGCAGGACGGCGGCGGGGGUGAGGGCCGCAGCCUGGAUGCAUUGAUGGCGCACGAGGCACAGUGCUUCUCGACAUGGUUCCGCACGUAUGGCGACGAGUGCGUACCGCGCUACGCGCUCGACCGGUACAGCAGUGCCGAGGCUAGCUUCCUGGUGCUCCUGUAUCGUUUUGGCCGCGCGGUGCGGCUGUACAACCUCGCGGCGUCGAGUACGUUUGGCACGUCGACGGCGUCGCAGCAGGCCGAGCGGUGGUUGGGCACGGCGACCGAGCUGGCGUUCAAGGUGCUCGCUGCGUUCAACAGCAAGGUGCUGGACCAGGAUGCGACGUCGUUGUCGAUGCUGCGCUUCAGUCCGCCGUACAUGGCUUCCGGCUGCCUCGCCGCGGCGCGCUGGCUGCUCCCCCGCACCGAGUCGUCAUCAACAACAAAGGAGCGCGCACAGGAGCGGGUCAACGAGACGAUCCGGUUGCUGUCGCAGCCGCAGUUCUAUCCGGACGGGAACCGCGUGCCGACAUCGAGCGGGACCAUCGGGCAGCUGGACCUGGCGCUGCGCUCGCUGCUGGGCGAUGCAGGCAUGAGUGUCGUUGUCGCCAGUAGUAGCAGCAACAGCCCGAAGCGGGCACGUCAGUCUCAGCAAUCCGCUGAGUGGACCGACGCACAGAGCACGAGGAGCCGGCGCCGGCGCACAUCCACCUCCUCGCUCCUACGCAUCGACAUGAAGGGAGGAGGAGGUGGCGAGGAAGCGGCGCGGUCCGAGUGGUCACCGCAUCUUGCGGCAGAGCGGUCGCGGGGAGGCAGUGGCGGGUACGUGUCUGGCUCGGACGACGCCGUGGGCAGCCUGAGCCUCGACACCGGGUUGGGCGAGUCGCACUGGCCGGCGUCGCUCCUCGGCAUGUCGUCCACCACGGCAGCCAACAGCCACGCAGGAGCACCCGGCUCGUGGACCCCGACCUCCGAGGGCGCCCUGUCCAACAUGGCCAUGGCCUCCACUUCGAUCUCUCCGCCCGCCUCGGCUUCGUCGACCGUCUUCUCGGUCGCUGCCGGCGCGCUGCCGGACGCGCGCAGCUACGAGCGCCCACCGUACUUUGUCGACCAGGCAUACGCCUCGGGCUUGUUCAACGACGCUUCGGCACUCCACUUUCAGCUGACCCGGGACAACACAACCACCCCGCAGCAGCAGCAGCAGCAACAGCAGCAACAGCAACAGCAACAGCAGUUUGGAGCGGCGCAGUUGGAUCUGGAUGCCUCACUCACCAUCGGCCUGCCAGCGAGCUAUCAGCAGGGCUCGGGGGUUGGGGGCUUGGAACAGGGUCAGCAGCAGCGUCACUAA